AUGACGUCCAUCAUCAAGCUGACAGCUUUGUCGGGAGUUCAGGAGGACUCUGCCCUCUGCUACCUUCUCCAAGUGGAUGAAUUCCGCUUCCUUUUGGACUGUGGCUGGGAUGAGAAUUUCUCAAUGGACAUCAUCGAUGCCAUAAAGCGGCAUGUUCACCAAGUUGAUGCUGUGCUUGUGUCCCAUCCUGAUCCUAUACACCUUGGAGCGUUGCCGUACGCUGUGGGGAAAUUAGGUCUGAAUUGUACCAUAUACGCAACUAUCCCGGUCUAUAAAAUGGGUCAAAUGUUCAUGUACGAUCUCUAUCAGUCCCGAAACAACAGUGAAGAUUUCACUCUCUUCACCCUUGAUGAUGUAGAUAGUGCUUUUGAUAAGAUUCAGCAGUUGAAGUAUUCACAGAUUGUCAAUCUAAAAGGAAAAGGACAUGGUCUUUCAAUUACACCACUUCCUGCCGGUCACAUGAUUGGUGGUACUAUUUGGAAAAUCGUGAAAGAUGGGGAGGAGGAGAUUGUUUAUGCUGUGGACUUUAACCACAAGAGAGAAAUCCAUCUGAACGGCUGCACAAUGGAGAGCAUCAGCCGACCUUCUUUGCUUAUUACCGACUCCUUUAAUGCAGCAUAUGUACAACCACGACGCAAACAAAGAGAUGAACAGCUUCUUACUAAUGUAAUGGAGACACUCCGUGGGGAUGGUAAUGUGCUUAUCGCCGUGGAUACAGCUGGGCGGGUUUUGGAGCUGGCUCAGCUCCUAGACCAGAUUUGGAGGACAAAAGAUGCCGGGCUGGGAGCUUACCCGCUCGCCCUACUUAACAAUGUCAGUUACAAUGUUGUGGAGUUCUCAAAGUCUCAGGUUGAGUGGAUGAGCGACAAACUCAUGAGGUGUUUUGAGGACAAGAGAAACAAUCCCUUCCAGUUCCGCCAUUUGACCCUCUGUCACAGUCUAGCCGACCUGGCUCGGGUACCCAACCCUAAAGUGGUGUUGUGCAGCCAGCCGGACCUCGAGUCUGGCUUUUCUCGAGAACUUUUUAUCAAGUGGUGUCAGGAUAGCAAACACUCGGUCAUACUGACUUACCGCACUACUCCUGGAUCACUGGCCCGUUACCUCAUUGACCACCCGGGAGAAAAGAUGCUGGAUCUGGAGGUGAGAAAAAGAGUUAAGCUCGAAGGCAAGGAGCUGGACGAUUACCUUGAAAAUGACAAAAUAAAGAAAGAAGCGGCCAAGAAGCUGGAGCAAGCAAAAGAGGUAGAUGUGGACUCCAGCGAUGAAAGUGACUUGGACGAUGACAUGGAUCAGCCGGCCGUGGCAAAAACCAAGCACCACGACUUGAUGAUGAAGGGUGAGGGGAACCGCAAAGGCAGUUUCUUCAAACAAGCCAAGAAGUCCUACCCAAUGUUCCCAACACAUGAAGAAAGGAUCAAAUGGGACGAGUACGGAGAGAUCAUCAGGAUUGAAGAUUUUCUAGUUCCUGAGCUACAAGCUACAGAAGAGGAGAAAAGCAAACUUGAAUCCGGCUUGACCAAUGGCGAUGAGCCAAUGGACCAGGACCUCUCCGUUGUUCCCACGAAAUGUGUUUCAAGUAUUGAGAAUCUCGAAAUCAAAGCCAGGAUAACAUACAUAGACUACGAAGGUCGUUCUGACGGUGAUUCUAUCAAGAAAAUCAUCAACCAGAUGAAGCCAAGGCAGCUAGUUAUUGUUCACGGGCCUCCGGAGGCCAGUUUAGAACUGGCUGAGUCCUGCAAGGCUUUCAGCAAGGAUCUCAAAGUGUACACACCCAAACUACAGGAAACGGUGGACGCCACCAGUGAGACGCACAUCUACCAGGUGCGGUUGAAGGACUUCCUGGUGAGCUCCCUACAGUUCUGCAAGGCCAAAGACACCGAGUUGGCAUGGAUCGAUGGCGUGCUGGACAUGCGUGUGGUAAAGGUGGACACAGGUGUGAUGCUGGAGGAGGGCGCUAAGGAGGAAGUCGAGGAAAGUGAGCAGGCCAUGGACACCACCCCUGACCUCGGCAUUGAUCACAGUGCCGCCAUGGUGGCGGCUCAGCGGGCCAUGAAGAACCUGUUUGGAGAGGACGAGAAGGAGGUUUCUGAGGAGAGUGAUGUCAUUCCCACACUGGAGCCGCUACCUUCACAUGAGGCGCCAGGACAUCAGUCAGUGUUCAUCAAUGAGCCCCGCCUGUCCGACUUUAAGCAGGUUCUCCUCAGAGAGGGCAUCCAGGCAGAGUUUGUCGGUGGAGUUCUGGUGUGCAACAACCUGGUGGCCGUCCGCAGGACGGAAGCGGGACGUAUCGGCUUGGAAGGCUGCUUGUGUGAUGACUACUAUAAGAUCCGGGAGUUGCUGUAUCAGCAGUAUGCUGUAGUAUAG